CCCCCCUUCCAUGUCUAAAAUGUUUAGCAGAAUUGCAAUGACCAACUAUGUUGUUGUGCUUCUUCUUUCCUUAACAUCCUUAGAACAUGGAUUAUUGUUUCAAAGGGUGUCCUCUCUUGGCAUAAACUACGGUCAAGUCGGCGACAAUCUUCCUCCACCAGACAAAGUUAUACAACUAUUGGGCUCACUCCAUAUCAACAAGACAAGAAUAUACGACACAAACCCUAAAGUCUUAAGCUCAUUCGCCAAUUCUAACAUCGAGCUCUUCGUCACUGUCGAAAACCAGAUGCUUCCCAGCUUAGUCGACCCUCAACAAGCUCUCCAAUGGGUCACGUCCCGUAUCAAACCCUUCUUUCCGGCCACUAAGAUCGGCGGUAUUGCUGUUGGAAACGAACUAUACACCGACGACGACUCGAGCCUCAUAGGGUAUCUUGUACCCGCAAUGACGAGUAUUCAUGCAGCUCUCGUCCAAACUGGUCUAGACAAGUACAUUCAAGUAUCUACUCCGAAUUCACUAUCAGUCCUUCAAGAAUCUUACCCUCCCUCCGCCGGAUGUUUCAGGCCGCAAGUCACCGGCGUAAUGACGCAGCUUCUAAGCUUCUUGCAUAGCACGAAAUCCCCUUUUUGGAUCAAUGCUUACCCUUACUUCGCUUACAAGGAUUCCCCAACAAAGAUCCCAUUAGAUUACGUUCUCUUCAACCCUAACCCUGGAAUGGUUGACCCCUACACCAAGUAUCACUACGACAACAUGCUCUAUGCUCAAGUAGACGCUGUGAUCUUCGCGAUGGCAAGGCUUGGCUUCAAAGAUAUCGAGGUUGGGGUCUCAGAGACUGGUUGGCCGUCUAAAGGUGACGGAGAUGAGGUUGGAGCCACCGUGGCCAAUGCGGCAGUUUAUAACAAGAAUCUUCUAAAGAGACAACUUCAGAGUGAAGGAACGCCACUGAGAAAAAACAUGGGACUUGAUGUUUAUCUUUUUGCUCUCUUUAAUGAAGACCUUAAACCAGGACCAACCUCUGAGAGAAACUAUGGAUUGUAUCAGCCUGAUGAGACCAUGGCUUACAAUGUAGGUUUAUUAUCAUCAUCACAAUCAUCUACUUCUUCAACUAAUUCUAUUGUUUCCCUCACUUCCUCUGCCUCUACGGAUAUAACGAGGGGAAAGCAACGGUUGAUAUAUUUUAUGUGCAUUUACUUGCUGGCCAUUCAUAUGCUAAUUAGAAGACGGUACUAGAGGCAGAAACAAAACCGAGAGAAACUGUACGUGUAUAUAGAGAGUCCACUAAUGCUGUUCAUUUUUCAACUAGAAGAAUUAUGCUAUUUCUAAAGUGUCUCAGAUGAUUCUUUAAUGAAACAAAACAAUCAAAGAAUUUGUUCCGAGUGAUAAAAUUGAGAAGGGGAUGCAGUACUGCAAAGCAAUCCAGUGUAUAAAAGAAAGUGU